GCCACUCGCCAGUUAGCCGAGUGCCUUCGUGCGAAGUGGUUGCGUUUGUCACAGAGUGUCAGUGUUUGUAUGUGUCUGGUCUGCCUGCUCUCUCGCUGAACAGUUAGCCGCCUGCGCCAGCGCAUCCCCGGGUCAUCGACCGCGCGAGUAUGAACGCGCGCCCCCUUACCUGCUCCCGACUCUGACAGAAACCCACCAGGUGCUUACAGAGAUUUUCUAAAGAAACCUUGGCGACUUAAAAGAGUGACGAAGAGUUUAUUGCCAGUUCUUCUCGUCCGUUCUAUGCCCUUGAUUUGAGAAGUGACUGGAAUACGUAAUCAUAAAUAUACAGAGUAACUGAAGUUAUAAGUAUACAGGGCAUGCGCGGGUGGUGUGCGGCGGGUGCCGGCGGUCGGUGGAGAGCGCGGUGCGCCGCCGUGCUGCUCGCGUGGUGCGCGCUCGCCGCGUUCAUGCUUGCCCCGCGGCUACAGACGCCGACAACUGGGAGCAGACCCGCGCGACCUGCACGCCUCCUGCUGCAGAGCGAGCCCGCCGCCUCCACGUCCGCUCCUCCAUCCUCCCUUGCCCCCGCUCUACCCGCUACCGACACGCGAGUUCUCACAGAAGAAGAACUGCGUGCCGAUGCGGAACGCCGAUUGCCCUCGCUACCGCUUUCCUAUUGGCACAAGCACAAGGACGACAAGAACAAAUUCUACAAGAAAAAGGACUGUGCGCCCUUCCCCUCUAUAUACGACAUUGAGUUCCAUAACACUUAUUGGCAAACUUUGCGCGCCAAGGGUGAGGUAUUCCAUUUGUAUGGCGCGUACAUGGAUGCCCGCAAUGCCUCACGAAUCGGACCUGCCGUGCGCGUCCUAGCUGUUCACGAUCGCAUUAAACCGACGCUCGCCACUCACUGCCAGCUCUGGUUCGAGGAGCGCGAGGCACCCGUAGUGGUGCGAAACCUCGAGUACAAGUAUGUGUGGAAUAGUAAAUGGGGCAAUUACCGGGACGGCGUGCUGCAGCCUUACCUGAUGGCCUGCGUGCUUCCUGCUGACGUGCGUCACCUCGUGCCGGCCUCCGUUUCACUGGUGGCCAACCCCUGCGACCGCGCAACUAACAAUUUGCGCGUACACAACGACCGACCUCCAACCCCGGCUGAACGUAAAGAUUUUGCCGUCUGCGUGAAAGGGCUGGAUUUCUUACAUGAGGAUCUCUCGGUCAGGCUCGUCGAGUGGAUAGAGAUGGUGCGCCUGCUCGGUGCGCACAAGAUUUUCUUCUACGAGCUCCAGGUUCAUCCAAACAUCACAAAAGUUUUAGAUUACUAUCAGGAUCUCGGCGUCGUGGAAGUGACGCCUAUAACUCUGCCUGGUGGACAACCAAACUUGCCAGGCUUGCAGCACAUGUAUCUCAAAAAGAAAACGACACAUAAACGACAGAUGGAGCUGAUACCGUACAACGACUGCUUGUAUCGCCAUAUGUACCAAUACCGCUGGUUGGCACUGCUUGACAUUGACGAAGUGAUAGUGCCGUUGGAAGACGGUGACUGGGGAGCGUUAAUGCGGCGUAUUCUACCAUUGUCAACACCCGCUUCGGGAAAGCCGCCGCGCACUUCAUAUCAUGCGUCUAACCUAUAUUUCCUUGACUCAUUGCAACAUGAACACGCUUGGGAAGAGGGUGUUCCGCGUUACCUGCACAUGUUACAGCACGUGUACCGCACUCGCAACUUUACCAAACCGGGCCAGUACGUCAAAGCGUUUCACGAGACGGACCGCGUGCUGGCUCUGCACAACCAUUUUCCUCUGGCUUGCCUUGGAGGUGCCUGCAGCUCAUAUGCGCUAGAGACGCGACACGCGCGUCUGCAGCACUAUCGCGCCGACUGCGUCACGGCGCUUAGUAAGACGUGUGCCGAUUUGCGUGCGCAGCCGGUGCGGGAUACAGCCCUGUGGCGUUGGCGGGAGCCGCUAGCUGCCAGUGCAACUGCGGCGCUUUCUGCAUUAGGAUUCCUGCCUCCCAACCGGUGACCCCGUCGCUCCGCGCCUAUCCGCCUCAUACGCUUAAUCUAUUCAUACAUAAUAUCCAACUCUAGUUAUUAAAUGUAUUUUUAUAGUUUAAA